AUGAAAAUGGUGAUCAUUGAAGAAUUUAUCCCCUUCACUGUUCCCGAGAUCAGGGAGAGGCUCGAUGCUCGAUUAUUCGUGAGACUUAGCCAUGGAAAAGCAAAGCAUAGGAGGAUGACGAGGCCGAAUUACGGCGCUGAGGCUAAGCAGGGCGAACUCUGGGAAACGGAAGAUUCCUUCGAGAAGAUGGUUUGGCGGAACUAUGUGGAGCAGCGCAUGCAGUUCUUUGAAGAAGGAAACGUUGAGGGCCGGAUGGAUGCAGAGAGGUGUAAGCAAUUAGGGAUUGUAGUCCAGGAAGGUAUGGAUGUUGAGGCGCAGGAGACAUUGAGCUGGGCUGUAUGUGCCAUGUUGGAGGCGUUGAAAGGCAAAUGUCUAUAG